AUGGAGAUAAGUAACAAAAUGCGAUUUCAUUGUGAAAAGAUGAUUGAUGUCACAAUUGUGGAAAAGAUAUUGCGCUCCCUGACGCAGAAGUAUGACUAUGUCAUUUUCUCCAUUGAGGAGUCAAAAGAUAUAGAUGAGUUAUCGCUUGACGAAUUACAAAAGGAAGGGGUAGAGGUAGAGGAAGAGGAAGAGGUGAUCGAGGAUAUAGAGAUGAAGGCAUCAAAGACAGCAGUAGGAAUUUCAGAGCCAAUGAUGACCACGGUAAAGGCAGAGGAAGGAAUUUUGACAAAUCCAAAUAUGCCUAAUGACAAGGAUGAGAAGUCAAAUUUUGCUAAAAGUAACGACGUUGGGAUAUUGUUGAUGGCAGUCCAAGUAGAGAAGGAACCUGAACAAAACGUUUGGUAUUUGGAUAUGGGCUGCAGUAAUCACAUGUGUGGAAGUAAGUCUUUUUUUUCUUCUUUGAAUGAAGACUUCCGUUCAACAAUUAGUUUUUGUGAUUCUUCCACUGUGAGUGCAAUUGGAAAGGGUGAUAUUAAGAUUAGAACCAAGAAUGGUUUUGAAGAAACGAUCUCAAAUGUGCUAUAUGUUCCUGCUUUGAAAAACAAUCUGCUAAGUGUUGGACAAUUGCAAGAAAAAAGAUAUGUUAUAACUAUUGAGAAAGGUGCAUGUGAGAUUUAUAAUCCUACUAGAGGAGCUAUUGUUGUUGUAAAAAUGAGUUCAAACAGGUUGUUCCCGCUAAAUAUAGAGAAUAUUCACCGUUAUUUGAAAUCAGAAGUAAGAGAUCCGUCAUGA